AUGAUGUAUACAUCAUAUUAAAAAAAUAUUUCUUUUCCAUUGAGCAUAAGCAUAAUCAGAAGCAUAAUUCAGAAGCAUAAUCAUUUACUAAGUGCUUAAUAAUAAGCUUUUAUAUCUGAUAAUAUAUUUUUUUAGAUAUAAAAGAAUAUAUUAAUCGGAUAUAAAAGCUCACUAAGGGGCUCAUUGUGCUUUUGGAUGUAUCUUUUAUCUUGUCAGUAUUUAUUUCAGGUGAAAUAGAUAGUACGAUGUCGCGUGUAUUCGUUUAUCUUUCCAUAUUCUUCAUCCUUGGCAUCGUUAUUCAAUUCGGAGAUUGUGAAGAUAUUGAGAAUAUUGAGAAUAAGGAAUGUGAAAAUGUUAAUAUCAUACCUGGUUCCGACGAAACUCGUAUAGCUUUCUGGGAAAAGCUAGGGAAAAAGAUCUUGGGAAAGGACAAGUCUGUUUCACAAUCUGAAGAUGGAGAAUCUUAUGAUAAUGAUCGUGAAAUAUUGAAAGAAUACAUUCACGCUAUCUUUCCAGGAACAGUCUGGUGCGGUGAUGGAGAUCGCGCAAAAAACGACAGUGACCUCGGUCGCUUCAAUGAUACAGAUGCUUGUUGCAGAAAGCAUGAUAAGUGUCAAAACGAUUUAUUAGCUGGUAAAACGAAACUCAAUCUUAAAAAUAAUGGCGCUUAUACAAGAUCUGCUUGUGAUUGCGACCAUAAGUUUUACAAAUGUCUGAAAAGAGUCAACAGUAUGCUCAGCAACGGAAUUGGGAAGACGUAUUUCAAUCUACUGAAACCGCAAUGUUUCCGAUGUGUAUGCCUGACAGAUGAUUGCAAUCAUGAUGAUGGCACGGAGUGCAAGAAUCACUGCAAGAAAUAUCAAUGGUUAGACAACUCGAAGUAUUAAUUAACGAUAGACAUUCAAAUUUUGUGAUCGCAGAAUUAUAAAAUUACCUUCUUUCUCUUUUUUGUUUAAAUUGAAUAUUUAUUCUGAAUAAGAUUUUGAGUGUUUUAUAAUGAAUGCUCAAUUUAAAAGAGAAAGAGAAAGGAUACGAAAAA